AUGGCCAGCGCCGGGCAGGGGCCGCAGCCCCGAAGCAGCCGCGCUGCGCUGGGAGCACCAACCCGGCCUGGGAACACGGAGGGAAUUUAUUACCAACCAAAUCACAGCAGCACAAGGAGAGGGCAAAGAAAUCUCUCCAUCACCUUCCCCCACCCAACGGGGAUCACCCGGAUCGGGGGUCACCAGGGCUCUGCCCAACGGGGGUCACUGGGGAUCAUCCAGCUCGGAUCCUCCCAUAGGGGAUGGAGCUGGAGCAGCGCACGAAGCUCUUCCCACACUCGGGACACUCGCAGGGCCUCUCCCUGGUGUGGACGUGCUGGGCACUUCUUCUGUGGAUCCCGAGCAGCUCCUCCUUCGGGCACAAAAGCAGCACCAGCACCUCCUGUGGCUCCUUCUGCUUCCAAAGAGGAGGCCAAAGAGGAGGAAGACAGCAGUGAGCUUCCCACUGUUCUGGGGGAUGAUGGUGAACUUCCCUCAGUGCCAGGAGAUGUCAGUGAGCUUCCCUCAGUGCCAGGAGAUGUCAGUGAGCUUCCUGCUGCUCUGGGAGACGAGGGCGAACAUCCCGCGGUGUGGGAAUGCAACGGCGAGGCUCCCACACAGGGGGACAAGGACAGUGGACAUCUCCCGGUGUGGGACGAGGACGGUGGAUGUCCCCUGGUGUGGGACCAAAAUGACCAAGUUCCCACAGUGUGGGAUGAGGACAGAGGACAUCUCCCGGCAUGGGACGAGGACGGUGGAUGUCCCCUGGUGUGGGACGAGGAUGACCAAGCUCCCAAGGCAUGGGAUGAGGACGUCGGAGAUCUCCCGGUGUGGAAUGAGGAUGGAGGACAUCCUGUGUCUUGGGAAGAGAAGGAUGAACAUCUCCCAGCAUGGGAAGUGGACAGCGAACAUCUCCUGGCUUGGAAAGAUGAUGGCGAACCUGCAGCGAUUUGGGAAGAGGAUGGAGAAGCUGCAGAAUUUUGGGAAGAGGACGGAGAACCUCCCUCUGCUUGGGAAGAGGACACUGAACCUCCCUCCACUGCAGGAUCCUCGUCUGAGCAUUCUGACAGCAGCACAGCCCUGCAGCCAGAGGGGAGAGGGGAGUGGUGCCUGAUGCAGCUGAGGAACACCGUGAGCGAGGCGGAGCCUGCCGAGAAAUACCUGGAGCUGGAGCAGAUUGGCCAAGGGGCUUUCGGAACCGUUUACAAAGGACUGGACAGGGCCACUGGAGGAGAGGUGGCCAUAAAGAAAAUGAGUCUCAAAGGGCAGAACAGGGAACGAGCUGUGAAUGAGAUCCUGCUCCUGAAGGACAAGAAGAACCCCAACAUUGUCAGCUCUUUGGACAGCUUCCUUGUUGAUGGAGAUCUCUGGCUGGUGAUGGAGUACAUGGAUGGAGGAACUUUGCAGGACGUUGUCAGACAGACACGCAUGGCUGAAGGAGAGAUGGCAGCUGUCAGUCGGGAGUGUCUGCAGGGCCUGGAUUUCCUCCAUUCCAAGCGGGUGAUGCACAGGGAUCUGAAGAGCUCCAGCAUCCUCCUGGGAAUGGACGGCUCUGUCAGGCUAGCUGAUUUUGGCCUCUGUGCUCAGCUGAGCCCUGAGCGGGACCGGCGCAGCUCCAUGGUGGGCACUGCUCACUGGAUGGCCCCAGAAGUUGUGACCAGAUCUCCUUAUGGCCCCAAGGUGGACAUCUGGGCCUUUGGCAUUGUGACCAUCGAGAUGGUGGAAGGAGAACCUCCUUACUUCAGGGAAACGGGGGCCAUGGCUCGCGCUCUGAUCCGGCAGAAUGGGACCCCGCAGCUGCAGGAGCCUCGGCGCCUGUCGGCUCUGCUGCGGGACUUCCUCGAGUGCAGCCUGGAGCCGGACGAGGAGCGGCGCUGGGCUGCCCAGGAGCUGCUGCAGCACCCAUUUUUGUCAUCAGCCAAGCCUCUCUCCAGCCUGACCCCUCUGAUCACGGCAGCGAAGCAACUGAGGGAGCAGCGGAGGAGAUGAAGCACUUGAGGGAGCUUCUUGUUACAGUAGUUAGGAGAACUAGUUAGUUUUGGUAGUUAGCACUGUUAGUUAGUUAUGGUAGUUAGUACUG